GCCCGACCCCCAAGUCGAAGUAGGCAUGGCGAUGCAAACCAAGGCGUUGCGGGCGCGGCUUGCGUCUGCCAAGCGCAUUGUGAUCAAGGCCGGCACGUCGGUCGUGUCCAAGGACGAUGGCCUCCCGUCGCUGACCCGCCUCGGCGGCCUUGUCGAGCAGAUUGCCGAGCUGACCGCGACUGGCAAAGAAGUCCUUUUUGUCUCGUCGGGCUCGGUUGGCGUCGGCCGCAACAUGCUCCGCCGCCAGCUGAUGGCCCAGGCCUCGAUGUCGGCGCAUCUUUCCGGCAAGUGGACUGAGAGCAAGCUCGUCGAGGCGCUUGGCCGCAAGCAGACCUCGUACUCGGCGGCGUGCGCCGCGGCGGGCCAGCUUGGUCUGAUGUCGCUCUACGACACGCUGUUUGCCACCCACAACGUGGCGGUGGCCCAGCUGCUGGUCACCUCGACUGAGUUUGCCCACCCCGAGGCGCGCGCCAACAUGCGGUCGUCGCUGGAGACCAUGCUCGCUUGCGGCCUCAUGCCCAUCAUCAACGAGAACGAUGCAGUCUCGGCCAGUGGCCCGGUCUCACCGAAGACGGCGCUGGCGAAUGCUCGUUCCGCGACAAUGACAUGCUCGCGGCGUUGGUUGCCCGCGAGAUCGAGGCCGAUCUCGUCCUCUUCCUCUCGGACGUCGACGGCCUCUACACCAUGGCGCCGUCGGAGCCGGGUGCACAGCGGAUCUCGCUCUACUCGCGGAUCCACGCACAGGCGCAAAUUGGAGCCAACUCGACGAACGGGCGUGGCGGGAUGCGGGCCAAGCUGCACGCUGCGAUGGUGGCGCUCGAUGGCGGCCCGUUCUCGACCGAGGGCGUGAACGGCCCCGACGCGGUCGCCAUCCUCUCCGGCUACGUGCCUGGAUGCAUCACCCAGCUGCUUGCCGGUGAAGACGUUGGCACUGUGUUUGUGACUGCCGCCGAGGAGGCCCGCCUCGAGGCCGAGGCCGUGGCCGAGGCCGAGGCUUCCGGGCUCGGCUCGGGACCUUCGACGCCACGCGGUCCCUCCGCCAUUGCCCGCGCUGCCCGUGUUGGCGGCCGCGCGCUCGCCACCGCUCCGGCGGCUACCCGCGCCAGCAUCCUUGAGCGGCUGGCGGACCUGAUGGAGGAGUCGGAGGCAGAGCUGAUGCUUGCCAACAAGCGCGAUCUGGCGGCUGCUGCCGAGUCUGGCCUCGACGGCCCGCUGCUGAAGCGGCUCAAGCUGACUCCGGGCAAGCUUGCCAGCGUGAUUGGCGGCGUGCGUGAGCUCGCGCGCCAGUGUGACCCGCUCGGCAAACAGGUAAGCGCGACGUCGCUCUCGAACAGCCUCGAGCUGGAGCAGAUCUCUGUUCCGAUCGGAGUCCUGCUCGUCAUCUUUGAGUCGCGGCCCGACUGCCUGCCGCAGAUUGCGGCACUCGCGAUCCGGUCCGGCAACGGGCUGGUGCUCAAGGGCGGGUCGGAGGCACGGCACUCGAACGUGCUGCUUCACUCGCUGGUGGCACGCGCCAUCGAGAGGGGUCGAGCGGCGCUGUGCCCGGCAGCACGAUUGCGCUUGUCCACUCGCGGGCAGCGAUUGCGGACCUGCUCGAGUUGCAGCAUGACAUUGACCUGGUCAUCCCGCGUGGCUCCGGCAAGCUCGUCAAGUACAUCCAGGACUCGACCGCGAUUCCUGUGCUCGGACACGCCGAGGGCGUGUGCCACCUUUACAUCGACGCUGACGCCGACCAGGAGAUGGCUGUCCGUGUGGCGCUCGAUGCCAAGACUUCGUACCCUGCGGCAUGCAACGCUGUGGAGACGCUGCUGCUGCACAAGGCGACACUGGAGAACCCGGAUGUGGCGACGGCGGUGCUCCGUGCACUCGCGGCUGCCGGAGUCAAGAUCCACGGCGGCCCGCGGGCUGCUGCAGCGGGCCUGGUCUCGUCGGCGGACGCACACUUUGACACCGAAUAUGGGAGCCUCGCGCUCUCGCUGGAGGUUGUGGACUCGCUGGAAGACGCCGUGGAGCACAUCAACCAGUUUGGGUCCGGCCACACCGAGUCGAUUGUGACGAACAACACGGACACGGCAGACAUGUUUGUGGCGCAGGUGGAUGCAGCGUGCGUGUUUGUCAACACAUCGACGCGGUUUGCAGACGGGACGCGGUUCGGGCUCGGGGCCGAAGUGGGGAUCUCGACCGGGCGGAUCCAUGCGCGCGGACCUGUGGGGGUCAAGGGGCUCCUGACGACCAAGUGGAUUCUCCACUCUGUGGCGGAGGACGGCGAUUGCGUUGGCGACUACGAAGGUGAUGCCAAGGACGGAGCGACAGCGCGGGUGUACACUCAUGUCCACCACAAGGAAUAACAUGCGAGCGUUUGAUGG